AUGGCCACCUCAAAACCGAUAUCCCCAUUCCGACUAUCCUCCCUCCUCCGAUCCCAAAAGGACCCAUCCCUCGCAUUCCAACUCUUCCUCAACCCCAAUCUUCAAAACCGCCCAUUCCACUAUUCCCUCCUCUCCUACGACCUCAUCAUCACCAAACUCGGCCGCGCCAAAAUGCUCCCUCAAAUGGAACUCAUUCUCCAACAACUCCACAACGACACUCGCCACCGCGUCCCCGAACCCCUCCUCUGCCACGUCAUCUCCUUCUACGCACGUGCCCGUCUCCCUUCACGUGCCAUUCAAACAUUCCUCUCUAUCCCCUCCUUCCGCUGCACCCCUACUCUCAAAUCAUUCAACUCCCUCCUCAAUGCUCUCCUCACCUGCCGCCAAUUCCAAACAAUAGCUCAAUUCUCUUCCCGCUUAACCCAAUUUGCCCCCCCAAACACCUGCACCUACAACAUCCUCAUCCGAUCCUCCUUCUUUCAAGGCUAUGUAAUUCGUGCCUUGGAGCUGUUCGAUGAAAUGCGCAGCAAAGGCGUUCGUCCCGACGAGGUUACAUUCGGGACAUUAAUCCACGGGCUUUGCAAGAAUUCGCGCUUGCAUGAAGCUUUCCAAAUGAAAAAAUUGAUGCUUGAGGAGUUCAAGUUGAAGCCAUGUGUUUCUGUUUAUACUAACUUGGUUAAAGGAGUUUGCGAGAUUGGAGAACUUGAUUGGGCAUUUAGAAUCAAGGAUGAGAUGGAUAGGAAGAACUUGAGGUUAGAUGCAAAUGUUUAUAACACUUUGAUCAAUGCGCUUUGCAAGGCGGGGAGAAAAGAAGAUGCUUUAAGGGUUUUGGAAGAAAUGAAGGAGAGUGGUUGCCAUUGGAAUUCGGUUACUUGUAAUGUAAUGAUUGGAGAGUUUUGUAGAGAGAAGAAUUUCAAAGAAGCUUAUAGGAUUUUGGAUGGGGUGGAAGGCAUUAAGCCUGAUGUUUUUGGUUACAAUAUGGUGAUUGGUUGGUUAUGUAGAGAAGGCAAAUGGAGUGAAGCAAAUGAUUUGUUUCUGGAUAUGCCACGACGAAAGUAUGUUCCUGAUGUUGUCACUUACCGUACACUGUUUGAUGGACUUUGCCGGGGGAUGCAGUUCCAGGAAGCCGCAUUUGUCUUGGAUGAGAUGUUGUUUAAAGGGUAUGUUCCCCUUUCCAAGAGUUUGAAUGGAUUUGUUGGUGCUUUGUGCAAGGAAGGGAACUUUGAGUUGCUGUCUACAGUUUUGAGCGGGUUGGCAAGUAAAAGAGAUUUUUGCAAUGAGAGUAUAUGGAACACUGUAGUUUCUGUGGUUUGCAACCAGGAGAAGUUAGCUGUGGAGCCAUUUGAAACUUUUGAUGCCUUGGUGGUGGCAUGA